UCCUAUUAGAACCGCGGAAGGCCUGUCGAAGACAUUGAGGACGUGCAGAACGUCGGCCGCAAUAGUGAACUUGUUUCUUAGCAGUUAGAAGUGACUUUAGUGUUGUGUGGUGAUUGCAACGAUCCUUUAGGAAAUUCUUUUUUUUAAUUCCAGAAAUAUGGAUCACCAUCGAUUUAUCAGAAUUUUAAUCCUAGUCGUAAUAAAUAUAUAUGGAAUUUUAGGAAGAAUAGCAUUUGAAAAACUAACGGACUAUGACUACAAAGGAAAUACCUAUUAUACCGUCAAAAACCUUUCAUUGUAUGAAUGUCAGGGAUGGUGUCGUGAAGAAGCCGAUUGUCAAGCGGCCGCAUUCAGCUUUGUGGUCAAUCCUUUAGCGCCAAUGCAAGAUACGGUUUGUCAAUUGCAAAACGAAACCUCGGCCAAUAACCCUAUCGAAGCACCGCAAAGAUCAGUGAAUAUGUAUUACAUGACAAAGAUACAGAUACGAUCAGAAAACGUAUGCCUUAGACCGUGGUCAUUUGAAAGAAUUCCUAACAAGAUGAUAAGAGGCCUCGACAAUGCACUUAUCUACACAUCCUCCAAGGAAGCCUGUCUAGCUGCAUGCUUAAAUGAGCACCGAUUUACUUGCCGAUCUUUGGAAUAUAACUAUGCAUCCCUCGAAUGUCACUUGAGCGAUUCAGACAGGCGAACAACCGGCCAGUUUGUGCAGUUCAUCGAUGUCCAGGGCGUUGAUUACUUUGAAAACCUAUGUUUGAAGGGAAACCAAGCUUGUAAAGGGAACCGUAUCUACCAAAUUCCAAGAAUUGGCGUCGCAGAUGAUAAGGUGUCACAAUAUGCGGGACUGCACUACUACACCGACAAAGAACUUCAAGUAACGAGCGAGGCCGCUUGUAGGCUGGCAUGCGAAAUUGAAAACGAAUUUUUAUGCCGAUCCUUUUUAUAUAGAGGUGCCCCAAUAGGCUCGCAAUAUAAUUGUCAAUUGUUCCACUUGGACCAUAAAACCCUACCCGAUGGGCCCAGUACGUAUUUGAACGCAGAACGUCCGCUUCUAGAUGAUGGCGAACGUAUAGGAACUUAUUACGAAAACGUCUGCGAAAAACUAUCCUCACAAACAGGACAAACGUCAGAUAAUAAUCUUCCAAUUGUAUUCGAAGCUACUGAAGAUCCCAAUCUCAAUAACUUAACAAGAAACGAUAUUAACUGCGAUAAGACCGGAACAUGUUACGAUGUGUCGGUUAACUGCAAGGAUACAAGGAUAGCUGUACAAGUCAGGACAAACAAGCCUUUCAACGGAAGAAUUUAUGCGUUAGGAAGAUCUGAAACGUGCAACGUCGACGUUCUUAACAGCGAUCUCUUUAGGCUAGAUCUUACGAUGACUGGUCAAGACUGCAACACUCAAUCAGUUACUGGAGUUUAUAGUAAUACCGUCGUUUUACAACAUCAUAGCGUGGUGAUGACGAAGGCUGAUAAAAUAUACAAAGUGAAAUGCACCUACGACAUGUCGUCUAAGAAUAUUACCUUUGGAAUGAUGCCUAUCAGAGAUCCAGAGAUGAUUAGUAUUACAUCGGCUCCCGAAGCGCCACCCCCAAGAAUUCGUAUAUUGGAUAGCAGAUCCAGGGAAGUGGAAACUGUACGAAUUGGAGAUAAAUUGACGUUUAGAAUCGAGAUUCCCGAAGACACACCAUACGGUAUUUUCGCUCGAAGCUGUGUCGCCAUGGCUAAGGAUUCAAAAAGUACGUUCCAAAUUAUUGAUGAUGAAGGUUGUCCUGUCGAUCCAAGUAUUUUCCCUGGCUUCACUCCUGAUGGAAACUCGUUGCAGUCGGUUUACGAAGCCUUCAGAUUCACAGAGUCGUAUGGUGUGAUAUUCCAAUGCAACGUGAAAUAUUGCUUGGGGCCGUGUGAACCGGCUGUCUGCGAAUGGGGACGUGACUCUGUUGAAUCAUGGGGCAGACGGAAGAGGUCGGUGAAAAACAAUGGAACAGAAGAAGAGAAGGAAGAAGACAUGACCCUUAGUCAAGAAAUAUUAGUGCUCGAUUUUGGUGACGAUAAACAAGCUGAGUUUUUGAAAAAUGAACUGUCAAGUACCGAAUUUGGUAAAGAUAAAACAGUAACAAUAAUUGAACCUUGCCCAACGAAAACGUCAGUAUUAGCUUUAGGGGUCACCUGUGCCUUGUUAGUUUUAUUGUACCUUACCACUAUUUUCUGUUAUUAUAUGAAGAAAUGGUUAAGUCCUAGUAAACAUCUGGCUUAGUUAAUGAAUAUCGAGUGAUAAGUUGGUGCUUAUACAUAAUUGAUAAAAUUAAAUGUUUGCAUUAGAACUGAUGUAAACUCACUACAGAUAUUUGAUCUUUCUGUUGAGUUAGCGUUUAUGUAACUUAUGUGAUAUGUUAACUUGAGAAGAGAUUUCAAAUGAUUGGGAACCUUAAACUUAGCAUAAGUUUUUCGGGUUGGCGGCGGACUUCGGUGAUAGAACUGCUUUCCUUCUAAUUUGUAAUUAUUUUGCCAACGCAAUUGUAAUAGUGGAACUAUAAUAGUUGUGAUGGUGAGACAAAGUCAUUCCUAUAGCUUUACAUCUAUUUAUUUUUAAUUUUAAUGUUUACAAUGUACAUAUUUGAAAAUUAAGUUAUGUUUUGUAUACCUACUAAAAUAUUUUUUAAACUAGUUUUAAUAGAAUAAUUUGGAAUACUCAUUUUAAUAAUAAAACUUUUACGAAUA